CUGAUAUUGUAAGGAACGGUGUGUACUUUCACCUUGGAUCUAGUGGAAAAUAUAGCCGGAAGUAUGAUGAACAUGAAUAAAGAGCUCAACGAGAGGAUCAACUCGGUCAGCGCCCCAACGGACCAAUCACAAGAGGCGUACGUCAAAUGGACGUCCACGUAUGAACAGGAUCUCAAGAGUGAGGGAUACCGCGCUCCGGAAAUGACGUCGAAGUACGUGUGUGACGUCAUACCGAAAGAAUCGCGAGCCUCCAUGCGCCUGCUAGAUAUUGGGGCAGGAACGGGUCUGGUUGCCAAGCUGCUACGGGAGCGCGGCUUCCGGUGCAUUGACGCCUUGGAGCCUAACGACACGAUGCUUCAAGAGGCCCGAAAACAGGGGCUGUACGAAAACUACUUCGUGGAGUAUAUUACGCCACAACCUACAUCACUUCCGGAAGGUACUUAUGACGUGCUAACCGGAAGUGGUAUCUACGCCCCAGGCGGGCAUGUUCCACACGACGCCAUCUUAGAAAUGAUCCGUCUCGUUAAGAAAGGUGGUUACAUUGUGCUGGUAACAAGACCAAACCUGCUGACGGCUGAUGGCCCCUACGAGCAGCUGGAGCCACUGAUGCGGCGGCUAGAGGAAGAGGGACGGUGGCGGACCGUCCACAGGGACGUCUUCCCAAAAUACUACCGCAACUACGACGGUAUUGCGUGGGUUUUCCAAAAAGUCUAAUCUUUAACAACCCGAGACCAUA